CCCCCGCCUCCUGCAUCUCCUCCGCUGUCCCACUGUCCUCCCGUGAUUCUCCGCGUCCCGCCGCUCCUAGAGGCUAGAGCCACCGCCACUUGCUCCCCUCCCCCUCCGCGCGGCGCUCACGGCGAUGGAUGAGUGGGUUCGCCAGGCCGAGGCGUGGGCGGGCCAGGCCGAGCGCUGGACCCGCCAGCAGCCCCCGGAGCAGAUUUACGUCGCCGUCGCCGUGAUUGCCGUCACAAUUCUGGUGCUCCUCGCAGCUUCUUGUCUGAAAUCAUCGAAAUCAAAUACCAUUGUGCUAUCCGGGCUAAGUGGAAGUGGUAAAACUAUUCUUUUCUACCAGCUUCGUGAUGGGUCAUCUCAUCAAGGAACUGUGACAUCGAUGGAUCCUAACAAUGAUACGUUUGUGCUACAUUCAGAGCUUGAAAGGAAAGGCAAAGUUAAACCUGUCCAUGUUGUUGAUGUUCCUGGUCAUGCAAGGCUGAAACCCAAGCUGGAUGAAUUCCUGCCUCGGGCAGCUGGAGUUGUUUUUGUUGUUGAUGCUCAGGAUUUCUUGUCUAGCAUGCAAGCUGCUGCAGAGUACUUAUAUGACAUUUUGACGAAGGCUACUGUGGUAAAGAAAAGGAUUCCUGUUCUUAUAUUCUGCAAUAAAACAGACAAAGUUACCGCUCACUCGAAGGAGUUCAUCAAGAAGCAGCUGGAAAAAGAAGUGAACAAGCUUCGGGAAUCGAGGAAUGCCAUAUCAUCUGCUGACAUCACUGAUGAAGUUGAGCUUGGUGUCCCUGGAGAGGCAUUCAACUUCAGUCAAUGCCAGAACAAGGUGACAGUUGCUGAAGGCGCUGGUCUCACCGGUAAUGUUUCAGCAGUCGAGCAAUUCAUCCGCGAGCACGUCAGGGCUUAGAUUUGUCUCGUCCUUUCAGAGUAGUGUUUAUGUCUCUGCAGAAUUGCUGUCUGAGUUUGCGACUAGUUUUACCUGAUGAAAGAAGGGCUACCAUGGGUGUGCUGACUCUGUAGAUGUGUAACGAUUUGCACUGCUAGCUCUUGACUGACGUUGACUCACAUGAUUGGUGGUUUCACAUGAACAUUUCACAAGUUUCAGAGGAAACUGCCAUGUUCCGAAAGGGGCAUCGAUGAUUUCAAAACAGUUGGUUAUUCUGUCUA